CAUGAUCUGAGUCCAUUCGCAGCAUGGCAACAGUAUGUGCUGUGGUACUUCUUAUUUAUGGUAUCGCUACUUGUCAAAGCCAAGAAAUCUUUUCGCCAAAUCCACAUCGAGGAGAAAGAUAUAAAACUGGCACAUUUUCAAACAUUAAAGGCAUGGCAGUGACUAACAUCCUCAAGACGACGAAAGUAAGCGAUGCCUUCCAAUGUCUGACCGACUGCCUGUCACACCCAGCUUGUCAAUCAAUCAACUUCCAGUCAAAGGGUAAUCCCAUCCACCUCUGCGAGCUGAGUGAAAACAUCCUGCCCAGUUCUUUGUGCCUGAAGAAAAGGCCUGGCUAUGACUACUACUAUCCAAUGCAGAAUUCAGAUUCGCCYCCACCUUGUAAUAGAACGUGUAAGAAUGGUGGAAUAUGCAAACACAGGGAUUGUGCGCCGGGUACCAUAUGCCAAUGUGGGAAGUUCAACAAUAAAGAACAGUGUGACAGUUGGACGAUCGGAAUAUCGUCUUGCAAAGACAUAUACAGCAAAACGAGCUACCGUAAAAACCAGGCGUAUACCUUCAACAUUGAAAACAAACCCACGGACAUCUACUGUCACUUGACAGAUGAAAUCUGUGGUGGUGGGGGAUGGACGCUGGCCAUGAAAAUCAACUGUUUAAAAUCGGCACAGUUCAGCUACUCUUCGGUGCUGUGGUCCAACAAGCAACCCUACAAUCUAACAGCCGGCCAAACMGGUUUUGAUAACUACCAAACCAAGAUGCCAAGUUACUGGGCCAUGCCUUUCGACAAACUAUGUGUUGGAUUUAAAGACAAUAAUGUCYUUAAAUGGAUUGUUAUCCCAUAUAAGGCUUCGUCUCUGUAUGACGUCAUUGCUGAUGGAAGAUAUCGAUCUACCAGCAUUGGUAGGGCCACGUGGCUGUCUCUGAUUAGUGGAGCCUCGCUGCARCCAWAUUGUAACCGGGAAGGUUUUAACCAUGGUGYUCAMUCGCAAUACAGAAUAGGCAUUAUAGGUAAUAAUGAGAAUGACUGUCUUACACCUGACACUGUUCUUGGAUUUGGAAUCAGUCGACAAGGCUCUUGCGGUAAUCCAGGCUAUAAGAUUCCUCAGUUUGGAUACGUUAUGAUUCAUUGAGUUGUAGCACAUCUAKAGUGCUUUUCGGCAUGCGAUUUUCUAAAAAAGGGCCUUCGCCAGCCGGCAUGCAUUGCGCUCGUUGCUUAAAUGGCCGAUUUUUUCUGUGUGAGAAAUUCGAGUUGAUGUCCAUGAAUACCCAUUGACAAUUCAGUUUCGUUGAUUUAGUAAAGAGAAAAUCAUGAUCAAGCAAUGUUUGAUCUUCACUGAGAUGAAAAAAGUCAGUUUUUCGWUAUUUUUAUAGUAUCWAAACCCUAGGAAUAGCUCGUAAGGGAUGCCAGUUGUCGAUGGCCUUGUAAUUUCCCAUAACAUUAAAAUAGUUCAAACUAAUAUCAGGUAACAACAUGCAUCUUAAUUACUUACGAAACUAGUUCAAGGCAAUAUUUCAAUUAAAAAGCCAGAAAAUCAGUGUGUAAAACAGAAGUAAAAGAAGAUGAGCUACAAUCCUGGUCAAAAAGGUUGAGAAUAACUGCACCCUUCAGGUCAGUUCAACAAAACAUCCCCUCUAACCCCUCCCMUCCCCCAAAACCGUGUUGUUAGCACUCAAACAGAAUCCAGCAGGUAUGUGUGCUUUCUAAAACACAACUUUGAGCGAAGGGGGACGGGGUGAGGGUAGAAAAAAUUAGAAAGUAUACGGAGACAUUCCAACAUUCAGCGAUUUUUAAACCAUUCUCAAGUCUUGUCGUCCAUAAUUGUAAGUUGAAAGGMGUAUGAUCUGGAAUAUGACAAUCCCUAUAACUCAGUAGUUUCUUCCCUCCUGCUGCACACACUUCUCACUUCAGUUAAUCAUCCUUUAGAUUCGAAGAGAACUAGAUUUGUACCCAGUUUACUUUUCAUACUUAUUUCCGUUGAGAUCCCGUUUGCCUAGUUUUAAUACAUUCGUUUGAAUCGUCUGUACUUUGUCUUUUGUAUUGUCAUCAACUCUCUUGUGGGAGCCCUGGACGAUUCUGAUACACAUGGAAACCGGAAAAGAAAUUGCGGAUACAAAGACUUCCGGCAACGUGUGUACAAAAGCUAUUCAAAAAUAGAAUCGCUCGUGCGUCAAUAAUAUUGCUAUUACUCAUUCGAGCGUUGCACUCGCUUUAUCAAACUUACACAAGAAAUCAAAUAAAAAAUAUCUUAAGGAACGAAAGAUAAAGAAUAUUACUACUGGAUUUGGAACAAUAGAAAAGGUAGACGUAAAUGAAAAUGAAAAUUGAGAAAAGAAUGAAAGUAUGAUAUUGCUUGAU